AGCAGUGAGCUUGCUUGACCAAAACAAAUAUGGCGGCCAAAAUCACGAUUAACAAUGCAAAAUAUGUCGACACGCUUGUUUUUCUUCGUUUCUGUUGAUUGUGACUGGUGAACUUACUCAAAGACAACAUGUGGAAUUACCAUUGGACCAAUGUAUUGCUUUUUGGCGCAGUUCUGAACGAAGACACGAAACGAAACCCGGAAAACAAGCGGAAAUGUCUGUCUCUCGUUUGAACCUAAACAUCCGCUGCUGCAAAGCGUGUGUUUACAACAUUAGCUCGACGUCUCAGCUCAAAAACAAUGAAGAAAACGUGUAAAACAAGUGUAUCCAUACAUGGGAUCGUGGAGUCUUACUGUUUCGCGUUACACUAAGGACAACAUAACGACCUUAACAAGAUGUAGUUCACGUUUAUAACUUCUCACCCUGAAACAACAUGGACUUUGCCUUGGGGACAACUUGAGUGAACGGCGAUGCAGAGUUAAACAUAGACAAGUUGGAGAAAUACAACAAUGGGUUUGGUUAAUUUCGUUAUCUCCACCAUCGGAAAAUGCCUGGAUGCAGUUUGUUUGCUGCUGGACCUGAAUUUCCUCAUCGUCCACAGUGUGGUGCGGACUGUCCUGGCGGUUAUCACCUUCAUAACCAGCCUGCCCACCCUCCUCCUCAACUCAGUGCUGGAGCUGGGAAACAUAUCCGUCUUUUUCUUGAUGUCCACAGCAGAAACGACAUCGAACGUAGCCCAAGGGGCUGUCACCAUUUGUGGGAGCUUGGGUCUGGCUCUCGAGGGGCUGCUAGAGAGCCUGAAGAUGGUAGGAUACCUGUCCUUGCACGUGUUGCUUCGUGGGAAAGAGCACCUGUAUCGAGGCCUGCUGUCAGUUCUGGAUGGCUGUGGUAUAGCUGUCAGUCUGGUGGUUUAUUUUGCCAACACUGUGGUCAACUUUGCACUCAUUACAACUCAAAAUAUUUACAUGGCAAUGGUGAGUGUUUGGCAAACUGUCUCAAGCCCACUGCAGAAGGUUCUGGAGCUCACGCUGACCUCCUGCACCUUUCUGUACAGCACCCUGGUUGGGACUUCAGCAUUCCUGUGGUCACCUUGUAAGCUAGUGUUGGACUUUCUGGUCUCACUGGUCCACAUGUUUAUCAGCAUCUUCAUAGUGAACAUCUAUGGCCUCCUACUCACCCUCACUAUUGCUCUGACUACCACUAUCUACCUUAACCCAGAGCUGACGCGACAAGCUGUUGCACGAAUAGUAGAUUAUAUAAACUCUUUUCCUGCCCUGCAAAGACUUUUUCUGGCGAUCCAUCGCCUGGCUUUUGCUCUGCAACGCGCCCUGCAAAGCACCCCACAGUUUGCACAUGAUGCCAUGCAGCGCCUACCAAGGAUGCUCCAUCACCUGUACAUGUUAGAGAGGGGACUUUGGCAGCAGUUGUCUCGACUCAGCAGUCAGCUCAGUCUGGUUCUUAGGACACAACUUCAACGGGACAACAACAACAGAGAGCGUGGUGAUGGUGACCCUGCAGAGGAGAGGCGUGACCCGCCAGAUGGACGAGCUGGAGACGGAGUCGACCAGGAGCCGCUGGAUUUAGUUCUCCCCUCGUCAAGCACAGACAGACCACUGAAGAAGCAGUUGUCUACAGGGAAAGAGAGUAAACCUUUGCCUGCUGAAGAUCUGCUGACUCUGCUGAAGGAGCAGGAGGACAGAAAGAAGUGUGUAAUCUGUCAGGAUUGUACAAAGACAGUGGUGCUGCUGCCGUGCAGGCACCUCUGCUUGUGUAGAGAAUGUACGAACAUCCUCUUGAGGCAGCCCAUCUACCAACAGAACUGCCCGCUCUGUCGACACAUGAUCCUGAACACUAUGGAUGUGUACCUGUGAGGGACCAACACAGAACCUGGUGUGACACCCUGCAUCUAUAUUUGUCCACUGAAAUGUUGUAUUACCCAUGUUUUUACCAGGUUGUUUUAAAGUCUGGUACAUAUUUUCUUGAAAAGACCAAAAGUAACGCCUUAAUCUGUGUUAAUGCUUCCUGGCUCAGACUCAAGCCUCUUUUAUUUCCUCUUAAAAAAGCAAAUAAGCCGCUCUGUAGCGAGGCUUUGCAGUUGCAUCAGUUUGUUACAUAAGAAAUAAAUGUAAUUCAAACAGGUGAGCACAUGCUUUUACUACAAAGACUGUAUUUUUGCAGCAAGGGGAUUUUACUGUUGGUUUUGGUUUAUUUGGGUUAUUGAUAAUUGAAAAAUCAGAGGAUAUCAGCUGACUUCUAAAGUUUUGGUUUCUUAUCUGUGCACUUUUUGUGAACAGAAAAGCUGUAAAACAUGCUGUGUCCCAAAAUAAUUCUAUAGUGCACAUUACCUGUAUUCAAGUUAUAAUACUGGUAUAUAUUUGUCUAUAUAGUUGACUGUUUUUAUAAUUGGUUAAUAAGAAAUCAACAUAUUUAACUGUUUCAACUGAGAGUAAAUAAAAGUUGCACAGUCCAAUCAAACUAUGGCAUUAAAAUGCCACAAAUGAGUAAGUAGAGAGGAAAAUGCUUACUGUUAUUCAAAUAUAACUAUGCUAAAACAAUAAAAAUCAACAAUAUUGUUUUAGUAUUUUGUCCUCUGUGCAUUGCAUUUUGGGAAAACAGUUUCCAGCAGUACAGGACAGUUAAAAAUCUGAGUUUAAGUGUACUUUACUUUGUUGAUUUUCGUUGAGUUUUGCGUCUCAGUCUGAUGCAGUUUCUGUUUUGGGGCUUUACGUGUUGAGAGAUUCUGUUAUUGCCUCAUUGAGUCUCAGGUCUUGUAGCCAUGGUAACCCAUCAGUGCCCUCCCUGAUGCUGAAAUGUUUACCACCGCUCAUGUCUUAAAAUGUUGCGCGGUCAGUGAGCCAAGCUGUGGAGUAAAGAAGCCGACACUGUGCUUAAAUGCAUGAGGAUACAGAUGAACUGCACAUGCUGUAUAUGUAUGAAUGCUCUGUGGAACCUUUUGUUCUGUUGUGCAGGCUUUUACUUUUUAAAUGUACAGAUGUACAAGGUAAUCUAUUUUUGCUGAGAUCAUGUGAAGAGUGAACAAAGGUUUGCUGAUUUUUUGGGGAAAUUUUCAGGCCGGUGUGAUAUACAUUAGUUCUAUUGAUAGAGCUUAUUCUAGUCUUCCAACAGAGGCAUAUUACAGUCACCUCCCAACACAUAAUCUAUAAAAGGUUUUCUCUUUCCUUUGUCAUUGUGAUAAAACAGAUAUCUGCUGCGUAAAAGGAGCAUAAACCAAUAAGGUCUCACAAUUGUAUUUCUUGUUUUUUUUCAGUUAAAGCUAAAGCUAGUUGUUUACAGUUACAUCACAGGGCAUUACUGUCACGCAAUUUGACAUUUUAUAAUUGAUAUUAGCGUGGGGAAAGUAAGUAUAUAUUUUUAAUGCAAAGAAAAGAGAUUUCUGCAUUGUGUACUACAUCACAGAUAUCUGGAAGGUGGUCUAAGUUUGAAACGUUAUGAAUCUGUAACUGAUUCCCAGGGACCAGACCUCCUGAAGAACUAUCAUAAGAUUGCACCUGAAUGCAAACCACUCACCCGACUGUCAUCUGUUUGUACCUGCAGUUGGUAUGACCAAGUGUUAGACAAUGUGAUUUGAAGGUAUGAAUGUAUAUUUUAAAAAAAUAUUUUGGCUGCCAUGUACCUUGUAACUGUUUUGUUAAUAAUAAAAUGACAAUGACUGAAA